AUGCUACCCCAAACCGGGGCUCGGCAGAGACUUUUGAUCAAAGGGGGAAAAGUUGUCAAUGAUGACGUCUCUGUGGUGGCUGACGUGUAUGUGGAAGAUGGAGUGGUGCAGCAGGUGGGCCCGAACAUAAACCCGGAGCCCUCGACUGGACUUGUUGUGCUGGAUGCGACCAAAAAGCUGGUGAUCCCUGGGGGCAUCGAUACUCACACGCACAUGGAGUUCCCUUUCAUGGGUAGCAGGUCAAAAGAUGACUUCUACACUGGAACCAAGGCAGCUAUAGCAGGAGGAACCACUAUGAUCAUCGACUUUGCCAUCCCUCAGAAAGGUUGUUCUCUUAUUGAAGCCUUUGAUACAUGGAAAAGCUGGGCAGACCCAAAAGUCUGCUGUGAUUAUUCAUUGCAUGUGGCAGUUACAUGGUGGAGCAACAAGGUGAAGCAAGAAAUGCAAAAUCUUGUUCAAAACAAAGGUGUCAACUCCUUCAAGAUGUUUAUGGCCUAUAAAGAUGUAUACAUGGUCAAUGAUGAGGAGCUGUAUGAAGCCUUUUCCUGCUGUAAGGAACUUGGGGCAGUUGCUCAAGUCCAUGCGGAGAAUGGGGAGCUAAUUGCACAGGGUGCAAAGAAGAUGCUGGCAAUGGGAAUAACUGGCCCUGAGGGUCACGAACUGUGUCGUCCUGAAGAAGUGGAAGCUGAAGCUACACAAAGAGCCGUUACCAUAGCAAAUGCUCUGAACUGCCCCCUUUAUGUCGUCCAUGUCAUGAGUAAAUCUGCAGCUAAGGUGAUAAGUAAUGCACGAAGAGAAGGAAAGGUGGUUUAUGGGGAGCCUAUUGCUGCAAGUCUUGGCACUGAUGGCACCAACUACUGGAAUAAAGACUGGGCUCAUGCUGCAGCAUAUGUGAUGGGACCCCCACUGAGACCAGAUCCAUCUACUCCUGGUUUCCUCAUGAACUUACUGGCCAAUGGUGACCUGUCUGUGACAGGGACUGACAAUUGCACCUUUGACAUAUGCCAGAAAGCUCUGGGCAAAGAUGACUUCACAAAAAUCCCUAAUGGAGUGAAUGGUGUGGAGGAUAGGAUGUCAGUCAUAUGGGAAAAAGGCGUGCACAGUGGAAAAAUGGAUGAAAACAGAUUUGUAGCUGUUACCAGCACAAAUGCAGCAAAAAUCUUUAACCUUUACCCAAAGAAGGGCAGAAUUGCUGUGGGCUCUGAUGCUGACAUUGUAGUUUGGGAUCCUGAAGCUACAAGGACAAUAUCUGCAAAGACACAUCACCAGGCAAAUGACUGCAAUAUAUUUGAAGGAAUGGUCUGCCAUGGAGUUCCAGUUGUGACAGUUUCUAGAGGCAAAGUGGUUUAUGAAGGUGGAGUUUUCAAUGUCACAGCAGGAGAAGGCAAAUAUGUCUCCCGUCCACCAUUCCCUCCAUAUGUCUACCAACGAGUCAGACAGCGGGAACAGGUAUGUCAGCCUGUUCCUGUCAAGAGGGCACCAUAUACAGGCACGGUCGCAGGAACACCUGUCACACAAAAAUAACAGGCUCAUUCCUCAGUUUUGGCUGUUACAGAUAAAAGCAAAUGAAAAUGACCUUGCUGCCCCCACCAGC